AUGUCUGCGCUGAGCAAGUACUUUGAGCAGGCGCUGGCGGGCGUUAGCUGCCGGGAGAUUCUCCAUCCCGGUGUCGACUGUGGACGGUUCGCGUGGAGCAACCUGUUCGGUACCGCGCACUCCAACGUACACUUCUUCCUGCCGAUAUCGUUGCUUCGACUGCUGCUACUCAUCUACAACCGGCGCGCAGUAUCCGUUGCCAUCCUGCAGCAAACCUGCCGUGAGUUCGGUGCCAUGAUGCUGAACGCGCUCUGUGUGGCCAACUGCUGGACCGGCAUGUUUUGUCUGAUCAUGCGCACUACCGGUCGCAUACACGACAACUUUUCCGUCUCGCUGGCCCCGCUGCUCGGGUCGUGCGCCAUGUUUCUGAUGCCGGCGUACGUACAGACGACCCACGCCAAGGCCAUCUUUGUCGCGAACCUCGAGUGUUGGAUUAAAUCGCGCGAGGCCAAACUUAUCGCGUGGAUGCGCGAGUCCCGAGUCGUCGGGACCGUCUGCUUCAUGCUGCUUAGUGCGGGAAUAGCACGGUACGCACGCAAAACUCGACACCGAACGGAGUUUUGGUUCAUACAGCCACUCAAGCGCAGAUACCAGCAACAGCCGCAGGAGAAGCGCAAUGGGACGGCGUGUGAGCGUGUUUGCUAUCAUCAGGAAGGUACCUGCGCUCGGUACGUACUAAGCGGCAUGCGAACGUACUUUACCUUCGGUGCGAUACUGGAGCUAGCCCGGCGAUUGAUUGUCACGAUCGGCCAGCUACAUCAGACACCCUCCGAAAGGCUUCGCUCCCUAUUAAACCUACGCUACAGGCUGAUACUCUUUCUGACGCUCUACAACGGAACAUUCCGGCUGGUGACGUGUCUGCUAGCUAGGCGACGUCAGCAGGUAAAGGCGUACGAUAACACGCUGGCCGGUUUCGCAAGUGGCUGCUGGUACUACAUAUGUCCGAGCUACAAUAUCUUCAACCUUGCCGUAUGCGCCUUAACGCAGACACAUUGGAACUUCUUGAUGGAGAAGUACGCGAAGAUGGCGCUAGUACAGCGGCUUGAUCGAGUCUCCUUCUCGUCGCUCGUAUGGAUCAUAUCGAUGUGCUAUGUUACCUACUCGCGCGCCUACUACCCAUGGGCGAUGUCCAAGUUUGCCCUCAAAUUUAUCGACAUCUGCUCCAACUACGCCUCUCGAACUGCGUCUGAGAAUUUCGCUGCUCGCUACUUAACCUCACAUUGA